AAAUGUUUUCCAUAUUUGUUCAGCCUCCUCGGUUCAAAUACCAGGAACAGCUCGGCCGGCACAAAGCGGAGCUUUGGGGGGCAGAAAACUCACACCCCCGUCGGCGUGCGCGCACAGACACGCACGUGAACGCCCAGAGCCCGCCGGCAUGGGAAAGGAGGAGAAGAAAACCCGGCAGAGCGCGUCCCCGAAUACCCAGAGCCAGACGGGGAAGGCGCCCGGAGGGGAGAAAAGCACCGGCUCGACGCAGGAGUCCGCGAUGAAGAAGAAGAGGAAGCAGAAGAAAGCCAAGGGGGAUCCCAAAAGCGGCCAGGAGGAGGAAUCCCACACUUGUUGUGGCUGCCGUUUCCCGCUGCUGUUAGCGUUGCUGCAGCUGGCGUUAGGCACCUCUGUGACAGUGCUGGGCUUCCUUAUGGCAGGCAUCAGUUCCUCUCUGCUAGUCAGAGACACUCCAUAUUGGGCUGGGAUAAUUGUCUGUGUGGUGGCCUUAGUGGGAUUUGUUAUGCUUUGUAUUUCGUACCAACCCGAUGAGAAGACCUGUGUGCAGUUCACAGUGAAGCUGCUGUAUUUUCUCCUGAGUGCCCUGGCUCUGGUUGCCUGUGUUUUGGCAGUGGCUUUUGCCGCUCACCACUACUUGCAGCUGACCAAGUUCACCUGCGACACCAUCCGGGAGUCCUGCCAGUGCAAGCUGGACCCUGCAGACCCCCUGGGCCGGACCUUCGUGUACCGGGACGCGGCCGACUGUGGCCGCCUCAGCAGCGUGCUCAGCCUGUACCUCCUUCUGCAGAUGGCUCUGAACCUGGCGGCGGCCCUGGUGUGCCUCCUGACGUGCUUCGUGGUGUGGAAGCACCGAUACCAGGUCUUCUACGUGGGCGUCCGCUUCCAGCCUCUCACGGCCGCCGAAGGCCACGGGCAGCAAGUGUAGGGCGUGGGCUGGCAGGGGGCUGUGGGCAGAGACGGGGACGGCCGCCGCAGGCACCGCGGGGGAGGUGUUUUGAGGAGGGAAAAACGCUGACGCGGCUUUAACGAAGAUAUUUGUCGGUCAUUUUCGGAGCGUUUUGUACGGCUGCUCUUGAGAGAAGGCCUCUUGUGAGGUUAGCUAGAGGUCACGGAGUCCUAAAGAUGCGGCCGUACGAAUGCUCCCCAAAGAGGAGCUUUAAUAGCCAUAGAUGAACGCACUGAGAGCUCAUCUGCAGGGCUGCAGCCAUUACAAAAUAGGGUCCAUUUCCCUCUUGCCUUCAGAGAAGCUAUGCCGAUUUCUGCCAGAUAAGGAUCUGACCCAAACUGCUUGAUUAUAUCAGUGGGAACAUGCUUCGGGAAUUUAUCGUAUCUUGGUGCUCUGGGUGUAAUCCACGCUAACCUGAUGGGAAUUUAACAUUCAGGAAAGUAAUGAGGGAGGUCAAGACCUCUUCCAGUGCAGGUUGAGACCGACACCAAAGUGAAUAUAUUGAUGGCUGCCAUAUAAAAUAUACAUAUAACUUUCCAGAGUGAUCAAUGAUAUAGGCUACCUAACCCAAUUACUAAUAAACAGUAAAUAUGAGUGAGCUCACUGAAGGUUCUUUGGUGGGCCCUGCUUGAGACCCCAGGCAGAUUUCUGAUGUUUGGGAGAAAAUAUCAGUUCAGGGAACCUUGAGUUGCACUCCCAAAGUAGAGGGACCCUAAAUCAGUAGUCAUGUUGAAAACUAUGCCCAUAUUGCUCUAAUUGCAGCCUGACAAACCCGGAUUUUAGCCAGUUCCACCAAUUAUACUCCAAGCACAAAAGGCCAAGUGCAUUUUUGGUGUAACUCCUCUGAAGACAAUCAGCCUCACACACCAGCAGUGGAGUUGGGCCAACAGCCCUGAAAGAUAUAUCCCUGCAACAAUGAAUGUUUUUAAAAUGGGGUGGAGGGAGGGAAGCAAGAAGAGACUGCCAGACUCCCAAAGACAUCUUUGAUAAUGAUGAGGGCAACAGAAUAAUGAUUUCUUAAUGAGGAUGGAAAAACAAAGCGUAUUCAAGCAGUGCUUUUUCACCCUCAAAGUGCAGCUCUAGAAGUGCUUUACAUCUUAUUAGCCUUAUACCGAGGCAACUACAUGGGUUUGUCCCUUGAGCUGCCACUUCCACUUGCACAGCAUGGACAUCUAAAUUUAGGAGCAGCUCCUAAUUGGCAGCAUUUGGCACUGCCUCCCAAUCUGUAUCUGUGCAAGAGAAGGCCAGCUGGUGCUCACACCCUGCCAUGACGAGGGAUUUCCCGAUCCCAGCCAGAACAAGGAUGUCUCUGAGGUGGGGUGGAGCAAUCACAUGCCAGAAAAAUUGUGCCAUAAUCAUUAGCUAAGAGGAAGCAAAUGAAAUUUAUAUAAGGCUUCAAAGAAAAGAAAACCAAAAAAACCCAAAAAAAACCCCAAAAAACAAAACCCAGCCACCUUUCUGCAGCAAAAAUAGUCAUCAGAAAGUCAACAACCCAGACUGGCAAAACCCUAGUUGUCUAAGGAGCUCUAAUCCUACAAAAAACCCCCUGUCCUCCAUAUGGUGAUCACACACCAUCCAGGACCUAGACCAUCCAGCCUCCAGGGUCAGAAGAUCACGGCACAGUGAGGUCUCCUGUGGCCCACCUAGAACACUGCUGGGUGUAGGGGCUGUAGUUUUAGUCAUGGAAAGUGCCUCUGGAGUAGACAUAGCAUCACCAAGGUGCUCUCUGCCAAGCCACAAAGCGAGGAGCUGCAGAGCAUGAGGGGUUUUGAGGUCUGCUUCCAAAUGACCUUUUCUAUUGCACCUAAAAGUAACAACCGCUCAUGAGCCCGGCUGCAGGGCACAUUUGCAAGGGUGCCUGUGUCACUGCCCCUCCGAAGACCUCAGUCUGCCUCCCAGGCACUGCUGGGGCAGGCUGAGACAGGAGCUUGGUGGGAUGGAGGGCUGGUGAUGUCAGACUCGUCCUUGGGGCAUCCAUGCAGAUCUGGCAGGAACCAGCCCAUCUCCCACGGGGGAAUGCGCUGCCAGCAGUGCUCACAGGCCUGUGCCAGGGCUGUCCUGCCUGGAGAUGGGUGCACGGCGUGCCUCUCGCCUUGUGCUGUGCUCAGGUUUGUCCCCCAUCCCACACACGCCUCUGUGGAAGCUCAGGGCAGAGGACGUUCCUCCCUCCUACCUGCACGGCCCUCGGGGCACCUGCCCCUCCCUCCAGCCAAAAAUGGGGGAUCAUCUCUCCGCACAGAAGGUAACAAGAAGCAGGAAAGGGAUCAAAGGGAGUCUGAAUGACGGCUGAGUUUGGGGUCUCCUCCCACCCUCACCGCUGCACCCCUGGCUGGCACAACAAGAGGAAGGCUCCGCUGGCAGAGCAGGGUGUGCUUCCCUCUCCCACCCAUCCCAAACGUCCCUGUUGUUCUGGGAAUAGCUUGGUGUGCAGCACUCCAGCCCUGGCCCAGCGGCACUUCCACCAGAGCCCCGCUUUGUCUGCGUAAUCCUCUGACCUCUGCCUCACCCACACGUUUUCACUCCCUGUCUCCCAUGGCCUCCCAGGUGCCGGGCUCCCAGAAGUGUGGGAUGGGGCUGCGCAGGCGGUGCCUGGCCUCUGCCUGCUCAGCCCUGGGCUGAGAUUUGCUGGGGCUGCUCUGGAGCUCGGCAGACGCAGCGGGGAUGAUCACAGAGCUGCCUUCGGCGUGUCGGCAGCGAGGAGAAGGGAGGUCUGGAUAACAGAGCCCGCUCCGCUUAACGAGCCGUGCGCCUCCGUAUCAGCUCACCCUCCACUUCCAGACACAAAUUCGGCUUGCUAAUCAGCACGAUGCAGCUUAACCCUCUGCUCUGGAAGAAAGCAAUAUUCAUCAUGUAUUCUGUUGGUGGUUUAUAUACUUAAUGAAUAAAUAUGGGGCAUUUUGAUCUAUUUCCUUUUCAUGUACCUCGGCAGCAUAAAACAAGAACGGGAGAGAUGGAGAAACAGGCACAGAAGGUUUAGGAAGUAGUUUCCCCCCGGGUAUGGUUUUACAACGUGUAUUUUGCCUGGAUUAAGAAUUUUGGAAAGUAUUAAUUAAAGGAUUUUCACCUAGCACGGCAUAUCCAGACACCUCCCAGCUUUUUCCCAGUGUCAGAGUCCACACGGAUUGCACCAGGAGAAAGACUGGGACCAAAAAGCUUGGAAAGGGCAGAGGUGUUGAAGAAGAAAACGAUUUUUUAUAAGCCUGGGAAAUUUAUCUCUUUGGUGAAUUCCGCAGAAAAGGGUAGGAUUAAGCCUCUAUGGACACACAGAAUUUGCGAAGGGCUCGAUGUAAUUUACUCUCACAAACCCAGGUGUGAUUCUCAUUUGCAACCUGGCCACUUUACACUGUUUUCCCAGUGUAAAGGGGUUGUAAAGAUGGCAUCAAUCAUCUUUACACCUACUUUAUGGCCAUUUUACACAGCUAAAAGGGCCCUUUGUGUAAAUGAGAACUCAAGCCCUAGAGAAUAUAAUAGAGAGGAGAUCCUUUCUAUAGACUGCGCUAGACCUUCUAAUAGGGUCUAUUACUGGGAUAUAACUCUCCUCUGGAUUUUAUGGCUUGGCUUAGAGAUCAUCAGUCUCGAUUAAAUUCAGUUCUGCAGAACUUUUCCAAAGGCCAUAACCCUCUGGUGUCAUGCCUGCUCCUCCACCCCGAACGCACACAGAGUGAUGGUGUUGCAUGGAUAACUGCUUGGCUUUUUAAAAGGAGAAGCAGCAAGCUACCACUUUCCUCCGGCUCCGAGGCGUUUUCGUGUCGUGCUAUGCAAAUACCAAAGCAGCAAUAACGGCAGCGAAAAGGGAACCGAGACGCGGGAGCCGAAAUGUCACCUCCUCAGCCCCGGCAGGGUUUGUGCCCCUCUCCCUCCCCUGCGAGGCCAGGGGCUGGUGGGCCAAGGGGAAGCUCCGCCAGGCGCUGGCCCCACGCUGGGGCCGCCACCAGCCUUCAAUGUGACCGUGGCCAUCUGCGCCUCGCUGGCCUGGCCGCUCUGCGUGGGCACUGCUUGGAGCUUUGCCCAAAAAACAACUCCGCGCAAGAACGCCGGGAGCUGCAAUCGACUCGCAGGACUAAUUUUUUUCUAAUUUUUUUUUCCCCCCCGCUCCUUCUUUCACGCUCCCAGCCACUGCAAUAUUUGCUCUGGGGCCCUUUCGAAAGAGAAAGCACGCUGCUAGCGUGUGAGAGAAGCCGCAGCUCAGGUCCUCUAUAUUUAGAAAGCCAGGAUGUCAUACCUCGCCUUGAAAUUUUCAUAGUCCCCUGCACCCCACCCACCCACACACGUACACACGCUUGCGUCUGGAAAAUGUUUUUCGGUCUUAGCAAAGGGUGUUGGCUUAGGGGGAUUCGAGGGAGGCGCAGAGGAACAACAGCAGCUCAGUCCCGAGCGCGAAGCUGGAGGCCUCCUUAAGGCAGCGGGCACGGCAGGCAUCGGGCACCCACCGCUCCCGUGGCUGCAGCCAGGAUCUCUGCUCCUGCCUGCUCCGUAACACAAACCCCAGGGCAGGGCCGAGCUGUUCCCAGGCACAGGGAAGCCCUGUCCCGUGUCACGUCGGGCAGCGCUGGAGCCCCAGCCAGCGGCGUCUUGGCCAGUUCCUUUCUGAGUGGCCACGCACAGACUGCAGCGCCCCGUGGCAAGGGCUCCAAGAAGGUGAAUUUUGGGGGUAGCUCAUCUCAGGUCCCUGCAGUUCCUCUUCCUCAAGGAUUUUUUUUGCUUUCUGCUAAAUAGCUGCCUCUAGCAAUCACUACUCAGUAGCAUUUAUCCUCUGCUAAAUUGCCUCUGCAGCCACAUAUCAUAAACAGUGAUUGCAUCUACAAAGACUGGGGUACAUUUUUCUUUGUCUUUUGGUUUUGGUACCUGGUCUCCAUGCCUUUGUCCAAACAAAUGGUUGAAAGCCUCAUCUAAACUUCAGUCUUGUUGUGGGGGAGCUGGUGAGUUCUUUUCCCUUUCUUUUUAAAGAAGAUACGGGCAACAGCUGUUUAAUUUGUUACCUCAGUACUCCACAAAGCCAUCUUUACAUCGGAGUAAAGAUGUAGCACCCCUAAGACUUACAGUGACUGGCUUCAGAGUGGAGCUGAGGCCACCCAAAAUCACCAGCGACCCCCUGCCUCACUCCAGUAUCCCUGCCUGGCACAGACAUCUGAGAGUGAGCCACCAAAUGUGAGCAGCAGCCCGCUCUGAGAGGAGAGAAUGACCUGCAGAGGGUGAUUGGAGUUCCUGCCUCUCCUUCAGCCAGAUGGAUUAUGACUGAUGAGUGCUGGGCUGACCUCAAGCUACAGGAGAUAUAGAGAGUGACACCGAUUAAGGCAGCCCUCAGCUUUAGGAGCCCUGAUUGUGCUGGAAAUGAGAUAUUUGAGCGAGGUAGGGUUUUAACCCUGCUUCACUCUCAUAGCUGUGUAAGGAGAGCUAUUUUUAAUUAGCCCAAAGCUAACUGAAGAGGGAUUUCUCCUCACCUGAAUGUAGGAUUUCUCUUUCACUGAACCUAUGGUGGGAGGAAUCCUUUCCCUGAUCUGUCCUCCAUGAGUCUGGCUGGGAGCAUCGCUGCUGGAGCCAGAGCUGCACGUACACAGAGUUGUGUGGAAGCCACCCUCAUAUAUUUUUUGGGACAUUUUCUUCCUGUUCCACAGCUGCCAGAGCAGACACGGGGAGGGCAGGGGAAGCUGGUGUCCCAGAUCCAUAAUGUGCCCGAGUCAACCAAGCCCUGCAGCGAUCCCCAUUUAUAGUGACACUACUGGCCACCAGGGAUUUGGUGGGAUGGUUUAGGGAACAAUCACACUGAAAAGGGAAGAAAAUAGACAUUUACACUUUCCCUUCCACCUUGCGAAUCCAGACAGGAGGGCAGCACGCACAUGAAGGGACCCAAGAGGAAAUACAAAAUCCUCCCAUCCCGUUUUGCUGCCCAAACCUGCCAACGCGCUGAGAAACAGUGAAAACGUGCAGAAAAUAAACCCCCAGAAAUCAGGCACUUCGGGUUUUCAAGAUCCAAAGCGUUGUUAGGUUAGGAAUGUGAAAAUUAGUGUGUUUUUAUGGCUUGUCCAAUUCUUCCAGACUGCCCUGGGUGGGGACACAGGCAGCCAGGCUUCUUUGCUGUCACCAAAGGAAGGAAAUUUUGUAACCUGACUGGGAGAGGGGAGGGAUGGGAAAAGGCAGUUAAUGGGAUGCAUACUCAUAUAUCUAUAUAAAUAUUCUGGUAAGACUACUUUUUGCAUAGAUUCAGUUGUGUUUGGUUGUUUUUUUUUCUUGUGUACAAAAGGCAAUUGUAGGACCUCAGCUAGCAAAAUUCUGUGCUUCUGAAUUGUCAGGAGCUGCGUCUCCACUUUAUUUCUAAUAGAAUUUUUCUCAUUCACCCCA